AUGGUAAUGAGGAAUCACAUAACUAAUUCCAUAUAUAAUAUUGGUGUCAAGAAACACCUCUUCUCACAUCAAUUGAUCAAUAUUCCUCGUUUUUCCUACAAAAACUUGAAUUCCUCAAAAUCCAUGGAUUCCUCAUUCAUAUUGUUCUUCUCUUUAGCUCUCGUAAUCAUCCUAAGCAUUUCCAUAAUCAUCACGAGACUAACUAGAUCAGCUUGGUGCAGCUGCGCCAUCUGCCAAUCCUACGUGGACUCGCAGUGGCGCAGCCGCUUCACCAACCUCUCCGACUGGCACACGCACCUCCUCCAAUCCUCGCCGUCGCGCACCGUCCACAUCCACGUCACCAACAACGUCAUCACCGCCAAUCCCGCCAACGUCGAGUACAUCCUCCAAACUAAGUUCCACAACUUCCCCAAAGGGAAGCCCUUCUCCUCCAUCCUCGCCGACUUCCUCGGCCGCGGCAUCUUCAACGCCGACGGCGACACGUGGCGCUUCCAGCGCAAGAUGGCCGGCCUCGAGCUCGCGCGCGCCUCCCUGCGCGCGUACGCGCUCGAGGUCGUCCAUCACGAGAUCCACCGCUGCCUGAUUCCGGCGGUGGAUUCUGCUUCUAGAGAGAAGGGGGUGUUGGAUUUGCAAGACGUUUUCCGGAGAUUCUCCUUUGAUUGCAUUUGUAGAUUCUCCUUCGGGGUGGACCCCACGUGCUUGGAGCUCUCGGACUUCGAGGCGGCGUUCGACGUCGCGUCGCGGCUGUCGGCCGAGCGGGCGAUGGCGGCGUCGCCGCUCGUGUGGAGGGCGAAGCGGUGGCUGGGAGUCGGGAGCGAGAGGCGGCUGCGGCGCGCGGUCGCGGAUGUCGAUGCGCUAGCGGAAGAGGUGAUCCGGCAGCGGCGGAGGUUCGGGUCCGCCGGCCGGAGGGAUCUCCUGUCGAGAUUCAUGGAUAGUGUGAGUGAUGAGACUUAUCUGAGGGAUAUAAUAGUCAACUUUUUAUUGGCAGGGCGGGACACUGUGGGGUCCGCCCUGACCAGCUUUUUCUGGUUGGCAGCCCGCCACCCUGGGGUGGAGGCUGCUAUACUAGAGGAGGCGGAUAGGGUGAUGGGAGUGGGAAAUUCGAGGAUCACGGAAUACGAGGAGAUGAGAGGGUUUCAUUAUCUUCAUGCGGCCGUCCAUGAGAGCAUGAGAAUGUAUCCACCGGUCCAGUUCGAUUCGAAAUUUUGCCUGGAAGACGACGUUUUGCCCGAUGGAUGCCCGGUGAAAAAGGGCACUAGGGUUACGUACCACCCGUACGCGAUGGGGCGUAUUGAGGAAAUUUGGGGGCCGGAUUGGGCGGAUUUCAAGCCGGAGAGAUGGUUGCGAGACAGGGUUUUUUGCCAAGAAAACCCUUAUAAGUAUCCGGUGUUUCAAGGCGGGGUUAGGGUUUGUCUAGGGAAAGAAAUGGCGUUACUAGAGGUGGAAAGUGUUGCACUCGCCUUGUUAAGAGAGUAUCGUGUCGAGCUAAUUGACUACCGCCCGGUCCCAGUGUUCUCACCCGGCCUCACAGCCACCUAUCGUGACGGCUUGCCGGUCUUGGUGCAUCGCCGGUGAACCAUGCAAGUCCAUAGACUUAGUACCAUUUGUUAAAGUUCUCAUGUUUAUACAGUAGGGCUUUAUUCUAGCUAGUAAUGUAAUUAUGAAUGUCCUUAACAAUUAUUGAUUGAUGUAUCAUUUUAUGUCCCAUUUAAUUCAUAGUGUGUGCAUUACAUAGUGUGUGCACUAGUGGCUGUCUAGAAUCUAGAUCUUGUAUUAUUAUGUCUAAUUAUCAUUUACUUUCCAUAAUGUUAUGCAUAUAUGUGUCGUUGA